CCAACAUGGCGUCCGAGCCGAGCUCGUCGUCGAAGCGCAAUGAGGACGCGCAGCCGCAGCGCCCAGGACCCAGCAAGCUCGAAAUUAUGCAGCGCGCCAUCUUCUCCCCGUUCCACAAAAAACACGAGUCGACGCGCAUCCUCUCUGACCUAGCCCCCGUGAUCAUGACCCCGAAGAUGACGGCCGCGACGGUGAGCGCGGCGAGCAGCAAGCAGGCCGGCCAGCGCCCCGCGCUCACCUCCUCGGACUCGCGCAAGGUCGACUUCGCGACGAUAGGCCGUGGUUCAUUGCGUAUCGGCCUGGGCUCGCGCCGCCUGACCUCGCGCGACCUGCAGAUCGUGGAGGCGACGGACGAGCUGCUGCAGGUGGACGUCCCGGAGCCGGACGGCGUCGCGUCGAACAUCUCGCUCCUCCGCGGCUUCAACGCGACGAUCCCGAGCUCCGAGCAGGGCAAGACGCGCCGCCGGCAGAUGCGCAAUGUCGACACGCCGAAGCUGGGGCUCAAGCGCCUUGGCAUGGACGCGCGGGGCCUGCUCACGGCGGAGGAGGAGGAGCACGACCUGGCGAGCGACGAUGACGUCGUCGUCGUUGCGCGCCACGGUGGCCUGGGGAAGGGGAAGAAGAAGCGGAGGCGGGGACGAGAGAGUCUCGCGGCGACGAAGGUGCUCGGCCAGGACGAGUUGACACGGCAGAAGAAUGAGAUCUUGCGGGACAAGGAGAACUUGCAUGUUAGACGAAGCUUAAUCCACAACGAGAUCGACGAAAUUACACGGAAGAUCGCUACCCUGGACAGCAUCAGGUUAAAGCUGGAGGAUGACCUAGUCAAACUGCAAGAAGACGAAUUGGAGCUAGACGACGAGUUGGAGGGUGUCAAGGAGCGCGUAGAGUUUGAGCAAUCUCAGAGUCGACAAACUUCUGCCUCUGCCCAACAACUACACCUACCACACAGCUCACGAAGACGGAAAGGCCCUGCCUUCCUGCCCUCCGAACAUGACGAUUUGCCACCAGGCGUGGCCUUCAUGUCUCUUCAAGGCCACGCGGGACCUAUAUCCGCGCUCGACUUCUCCGAGCCAUACGGCACCCUCGUCAGUGCUGGGCAAGAAGAGCCGCACCCCAUCGUCUGGGAUCUGCUCACGGGCUCGGAGAUCGGUCGACUGCGUGGGCACGAUGCACCCGUGCGCUGCUUGCAAGUCGAAGAUCAUGUCUGCCUUACGGGCGGCGCGGACGGCGACGUGCGGCUAUGGGACCUCCGCCGCGUGGACGAGGACGAGGAGUGGGGCGACGUUAGCGUCAGCGAGAUCGAGCCCGACAUCGACACGACCCCGCGGAAAGGGAAGGCGAACGGCAACAGUACCAUCCGCAACGGCUUCACGACCACAGAGAAGGACGCAGACGAGGACGGCCCGUGCGCGCGCGUGCUGCAAGGCCACUCGCAGGCGGUCACCGCGCUCUACUUCGAGGACGAGUGCCUGGUGACGGGUGCGUCGGACAAGACGCUCCGCCAGUGGGACCUGUCGACGGGCCAGUGCGUGAUGACGAUGGACAUCCUGUGGGCGAUGUCGCAUCCGCCGAAGGCGGGGGGCGCGGUGCCGGACUACAUGUACGCGAGCGGCUCGCCUGCGGGUGCGUUUGCGGUGCCGACGCCGCCGUCGGCGGAUGGGUCGUGGGAUAUGUACCAGGACUUUGUGGGCGGGGUGCAGUUCUGGGGGUAUGGGUUGGUGAGCGGGAGCGGCGAUGGGGCGGUGAGGAUGUGGGAUAUGCGUACGGGUCAAGCACAUCGGACACUGGCAGGGCACACGGCGCCAGUGACAUGUUUGCAGUUCGACGAGUUGCACAUCGUCAGUGGUAGCUUGGAUAAGACCGUUCGGAUAUGGGACCUGCGCACGGGCGGGACGUUCGAGACCUUGCACUACGACUACCCGGUCACCGCGCUGCAGUUCGACACGCGCAAGGUCGUUGCUGCCGCGGGGGAGAAUGGGGUGAAGGUCUACAACCGCACCAGCAUGCAGAAAUCGACGUUGAGCACGAACGGACACACCAAGCCAGCACAGCGCGUGCGGUACAUGGACCGGUACAUGGUGUCCGGCGGGCGAGACGCGAUGCUCAAGAUAUGGUCCUUGUGAGCGGAGCGGUCGCCUUCGGCCCCCCGAACGACCGUCGUCUCGUAAGUACGAACAAGUGUUCGGGGAAGCUGGAUCCACCCAGCUCACCGCUUUUGCCACGUCUGUGCAUCGCUCCCGCUGAUACGUAUACGCCUACUACUAGGUCCAUAUGGCAAGGUGUUCUCCGAAGUGUUUAAUGUCUACUUAACGAACAUUCUGCAUCUGCUG